CUUUCUUUCUUUUCCUUUUUUUUUUUUUUUUUUUUUUUUUUGUGGGCAGUAAAAAAAUCUGCCCAGAUUUUGUUGGGUUUGAGACAGAUUUUCUAUUUCUGAAAUUUAAUUUGGCCUCUUUCGUAUUGUGGGAAAAUACAAAAAAAAAAAACCUGGAAUUGUGAGGUGGGUAGGUGUGGAAGAAAUCAAACCCUCAUUCAUGAAUACAUGUAAUUCAGCCAACUGAAUUUUGUGAUUCAGGAAAUCCAUAAUUAUUACAGAGAGAGACAAGUGUGGAUUACAUACAUAUCCGCAGCGUUGAAUAAUCUGCAAUUCAAGCCCACAUGCACUAAAAGCUUCUACACCUGAAAACCCUUAUUUUCUCUGUUAUAUAUAUACCACGCCCAGGUACUAGUUAUAUAUAUAUAUCAAUCAUUAUAUAUAUAUAUGCACUGUUCUAUUGUUGUCAAGAAAAACAUGGACCAAGAGAGACCUGAUAAUAAUAAUAUUAAUAAUAAUAAUCAAGACAAAUUCCAGCAGUCGGUGCGGCGGGGGAAGCAGCCGGAGGUUCAGAUGCCGGCGGCCCACCAGCAUAAUAAUCAUCAGGGGCCGCCGCCGCCGCCGCAGCUGCAGAAGUGCCCGCGCUGUGAUUCUGCCAAUACUAAGUUCUGUUACUAUAACAACUACAGCCUAUCGCAGCCGCGCUACUUUUGCAAGGCAUGCAGGAGGUACUGGACUCAAGGCGGAACCCUAAGAAACGUCCCCGUCGGCGGCGGCUGUCGGAAAAGCAAGCGCCCGAAGCCCUCCCCCGGCGAGACUUCCAGAGCUCAAUCUUCAUCAGUAGCCGGGAUUCCAUCUCAGAAUCUGGCGGGCGGUUUCAUUCCAGGCGGCGGCGGCGGUGGACAAGGGUUUCGAGCUAUGCCGCCGGUGAUGCCGCUGUCGAUGGGCAACUCUUUCUACACCGGCGGAUCGUUCUUGUCCUCUCUGGCCGCCAUGCACUCUUUACCAGCCGGGAUCAACCAACGGGCCACCACGCUGAACUUGGGUGGUGGUGGCGGCGGCAACAACAGCCAAUACGACGCAAAUAAUAUGGCGGUUUUCAGAGCUCCGCCGCCGCUGCCGCCACAACAAUAUUUCCAGGCCCAGAAUGAAUUCUUCCCUUCAGCCAUGACCAUGCCGCCGAGGCCUCUAGGUUCCUGGACUCAGACCUUCAUCAACAGAGGCGGCGCCGCCAGCUCCUCCGCCACAAACCCCAGUUUUUGGGGCGGAGCCGCCACCGCCGGAGAUAACGACAACCAGGCUGGAGGCUCUUCCUUCAAUCCAACUCAUUGGCCGGAUAAUCAUCCAGGGUUCGAUCCUUCUCAGUGACGAAAGACACAAAAAAAAAAAACAGAAU